CCUACUGCUUCAUAAGUAGUGAUUUAUACUAGACCCAUUUAAAUUCGGGAACUCCAAAAUCCCGCUAAAAUCUUCGCGGAAAUUUUGACUGUAGUGAACGUUCGGCAAAGGUUAGAAUGUCUGGUGAUGUUGCAACUCAAAAUGGUCAUACAACCUCACAUACAACCUCACAGCAAACUGAAUCGCCAAAGAAUACCACACCUGCCAUGAAUGGUGUGAAUAAAACAAGACAUUCUGAGUACAACUAUUUGGAUGCCAUUCAACAAAUAAUUGACCACGGGUCAAGGAAGGAGAACCGGACUGGUGUAGAUACGCUGUCCAUCUUUGGGAUGCAGAUGAGAUACAACCUUAGAGAUGAGUUCCCACUGUUGACAACAAAGCGUGUGUUCUGGCGCGGUGUUGUGGAGGAGCUGCUCUGGUUUGUGGCUGGCUGCACAAAUGCCAAUGUGCUCAAGGACAAAGACAUCCACAUCUGGGAUGCCAACGGGUCCAAGGAGUUCCUUGCAAACUUGGGGCUCAGUCAUAGAGAGGAGGGUGACCUUGGGCCAGUGUAUGGCUUCCAGUGGCGUCACUUUGGUGCAGAGUAUAAAGAUAUGCACGCCGAUUACACUGGGCAAGGAGUGGAUCAACUGAAGGAGGUCAUUGAUAAAAUAAGAAACAACCCAGAUGAUCGCAGGAUUAUUAUGUCUGCUUGGAAUCCUAUGGAUUUGGAGAAGAUGGCAUUGCCACCCUGUCAUUCGUUUGUUCAGUUUUAUGUGUGCAAUGGGGAGCUCUCGUGCCAAAUGUAUCAGCGUUCAGCAGAUAUGGGCCUGGGUGUACCGUUCAACAUCGCCAGCUACUCCCUGCUCACGUACAUGAUUGCCCAUGUGACCGGCCUAAAGCCUGGAGAUUUCGUGCACACCCUUGGAGAUGCUCAUGUUUAUGUGAACCACAUAGAUGCCUUGAAGGAGCAGCUUACAAGACAGCCAAGACCAUUUCCAAAAUUGGUUAUCAAGAGACAGGUGUCUGAUAUUGACAAUUUCAAAGUGGAGGAUUUUGAACUGGAAGGAUACAAGCCCUAUGCAAAGAUAGCCAUGGAUAUGGCAGUGUAACCAUGGGUUUGGCAGUGUCGUCAUGGAUAUGGCAGCAUAACUAUGGAUAUGGAAGUGUCACCGUGGAUAUGGAUAAUAUUGGCAGUGUCGAUAUAUAUAUUGACAGUGUUACCAUGGAUAUGGUAGUAUUAACCAUGGACAUUGGUAGUGUAAUCAUAUGGCAGAAUAACUUUGGGAAAUUUCAUCGUAGUGGAACACACUGUGUUCAAGCCUUACAUUAAUUAAUUUGUGUUUAUUAAAGUUUGUAUGUCAUUGUUUUUGGUGAAAUUUAUUGUGUUCAAGCUCACUGAAGAUUUUGUGUAUGAAAAGUUUAUUAUUGAAACGAAACAUAAAAAAUAUAUAUGUA